GUGAAGUAGUAAUAAAGGUAAGGGUGUUUCUGUCGACUUAUACGUCGGUUUCGACUUUAGUCUGCUACCAACUCUCCGGGAGACCGCGCGUGCGGCAGCGGAGCCGAGAUUCGUAACAAAGUAAAGUUUCGUGAUUUGGAAAAAGGUUCAUUUUCAAAUUUAAUCGUUGUUUCUAUUGGCUACUCUUGGAAAUUGUGAGGGAGAUAUAAAGGUGGAAAUUGAGAAGAGGAAUCAUGUCACGUCUCAAACCAUUCACAUGUUGCCUGAUUAUUGUAUUCACUACGUUUAUAGAUGAGGGUAAUGGAAAAUGGAAAAGUAAAAACAGAGAAAAUCUCCAGAGAGAUAUCGCUGUGUUCCAGGAAAUGGCGGAAAAGAUUGAAGAUGAAAUAGAAGAUAUUUACGACGAAUAUUCUGACAACUGGGUCAAGAACGAAGAAUUUUCUAAUGAAGAAGAAACAUUAGACAUGUCUGAUGUAGACAAUGUUCAGGAAGUUAAAAAUAAUAUCAAUAUCCUCAAUUUGAUAAGCAAUAAUACGAAGAAUCUAACCGAAAGCAAAGACAGACCUCUGCCUGAAACUUCCAAGGUAAAUGGGACGCCUACAAUUGAUACAAUAAAAAUAAGUACGACUGAAAAAGCUAACGUACUUCGCUCAAAAUGGCCAAGAUUUGAAGAUAUUUUGCUGGACAUUGGCAAAAAAUACGAUUGGAAAAAUGACAGAUGGAUUAAAGUAAAAAAGAAAGCCAACCAAUCUAGUGGAGAAAAACAUAUAGCAUUCCAUGAGAGACAUUUUAGCUACAAAACUGUGAAAUUAAAUAGAAGUAAGAGUAGACGUAACGUCGUGAUAGCAGUCACGGCGGUAAGAUAGGACGUGCCAAGUCAUCUGGCUCUCUUUGGUAGAAAUAUCUAAAUUCUAUUUUUAUUAGUCGCUGCGGGACCAAAGCGUCGUCUAGUCGAUAAUUUAAUAUUGAAUCGUAGCUACAAAGUGAUUAUAUUUAGCAGUUUUGUAUCGAUGACAAGUUAGGUAUUCUGUAAUAUUCUUCUCGUCGUCGUAGUCAAGUGCCAUUUUGAAUAAACCAGACCCCAUUGUAUUUAAAGCCUAAAAACAUUUCGCAAUUGCUUAAAAGUCAGUAAAAACACCUUAAUAAGUUAAGUAGAUAUUUCAUCUCUAAUAUACGUACAUAAAUAAUUACUCUCCGUGUGGAUAAAUGGACAGGGAUGGUGUUAAGAGAUUCUUCAAAACAUGUUACACAAUAAAUUAUUAUUUACA